GGUACAGGCGCGCGCCAUAAGCUUUACGCGCAGUUACGCAUCACGUGCCCUGCCAAGCGCGCGCGCCUAGUCGUACAUGCAGGUGCUAUGGGGAACAUCGAAGUGAUAACGAACAGCGACGCGACAGAGGAUUUGUUUCAGAGCGUCAUAGCGAACAGAUCCAUAAGUUUUGGGAGUCUGGAGGACAUCGACGUGUCUGCUGACGGCAGUCCGCUCCUGCGCUGCUUUAUCUCCGUUACCUACGCGGUGGUGUGCGCCGCGGGGCUGGUGGGCAACCUGUUUGUGCUCGUGUUUAUCCGGGCGAAACAAGCGCGCAGGAAAUCUGAGACCAACGUCUUCGUGCUCCAUCUGGCCGUGACGGAUUUCCAGUUCGCGCUCACGCUGCCGUUCUGGGCUGCAGACGCGGCGCUGGACUUCAGCUGGCCGUUUGGAGACGUCAUGUGCAAGCUCGUGCUUUCGGCCACGGUGAUGAACAUGUACGCAGGUGUGUUCUUUCUCACUGCCAUGAGCGUCGCGCGCUACAGGUGCAUGGCGUCCGCUCUGAAAGAGCGCGCCGGCGGGCGAGGCGCGCGCACCUCUGUCAGACUCGUAGCAGCCGUGUUGUGGCUGCUGGCCACCGCUGCCACCGCGCCCACGUCCAUCUUCUCCACGGUUAACGAGGUGGCCGGAGAAAAGCUCUGCCUUUUACGCUUUCCGAACGGGCAGCGCUGGUUAGCCGUGUAUCACCUGCAGAAAAUCCUGCUCGCCUUUGUGAUACCCAUGGCCAUCGUCUCCAUCAGCUACCUGCUGCUGCUGAGGCUCGUGCGCCGCCGCAGCUUGAAGUCCAGAGCGCGCGUCACGCGCUCGGUCGCCGUGGUGGUCUUGUCCUUCUUCCUCUGCUGGAUGCCCAAUCACGCCGUGACGCUGUGGGGAGUCCUGGUGAAGCUGAACGCCGCGCGCUGGGACAAGGCCUACUACGUGGUGCACACCUACGUGUUCCCGCUCACGGUGUGCCUGGCUCACGCGAACAGCUGCUUAAACCCGGUUAUUUACUGCCUCACGCGCAGGGAGUUCAGGCGGAAGCUGAGAGACUUUUUUCUCCGGGUUUGAACGCGCGCGCUCUGCUUGCGCUCCUCGUACGCACAAACGUCUGUUUCUGUCUCUAACCUACACGUGAUCGUAGCUGUUGUUGCUUUCGGAGGCGCAGAACAAAAGAAAAAAGAAAAAAAAAGAAAACAUCAGCAGAUUCAAAAGAAACACGUGUUUUCCGCCAGCUGAGUGAACACGUUUUAUUGUGCGUAAUGAUGUGUACAAUGUUUAUUGUUCUGAAAACACUCUGAAAGUAAGACAAUCUCUCUCUCCUGUCGUCUCUGUGCAGUUACCAAGCCGUGUGUGUGUGUGUGUGUGUGUGUGUGCAUACAGUGGGGUCCAAAAGUCUGACACUACAUUGAUUUUUUUUUAUUUAAGAAAAUGGAAAUAAACAUUAUUUGGAAAUAAACAGGCGAUUUUAAAAAUUUUAAAUAUUUUGAAACAAAUGUUAAUAUAUAAAUAUAUAAAUAUUAUAUCAAAUUAAAUUUAAUAUAUAUUAUUUAUAUAUAGAUAUUAUAUAUCUAAAAAUAUAAAUAUUAAUAUUCAAUCUUCUGCACUAUUCCUAGCUCCCUAUUUUAAAUGUAUGUAAAUGUGUGAGAUUGAGCAUGUACAAAUGCUUUGUACAAAAGGUCAGAUUUUCCUCAUGCCUAAUCUCUUCUACUGAAGCAUGUGUUCAGAUGACACUCUGUUUGAUUUGAUCCGAAAUGGAUCAUAAGGUUUUGCACAAACUUGUGGAGUCCAUGCAAGCUCGAGUGCUCAGUCAUUACAGCAAAAAGAGGAUGUACAAAAUACGAAGAAACUCUGAAAUUCAUGUAAAUAUUUCAAAGAGUCUACUUUUCACUCAGGUUGGUGCCAGUACUAUAAUUUGUAAUGAAAAUUGUUGUGUUAAAUUACAAAAGAAUGCAAAAUAGAAGUUUUUUUUCACAUUUUUGGAUGCAUUCUCAGACUUUUGGACCCCAAAAGAAAAAUCAAACCUUGAACAGAAUUUAAACAAACAAACAAAAAAAAUCAAUCUAGUGACCUAAGGGUUUGUUCCUCUGAUGGAACCAAAGUUAUUAAAAUUAAUAUUUAAUAUGUAUUUACUUUUAAUUAACUUUUCAAGCAAAGCUUUAAAGGUGCAUCGGUGGUCAUUACGGUCCGAUUCAGUACCUUAAAUUAUUUUUAAACAUAUAAAGAUACAUACUAAAGUUACAAAAGAUGUACCCUUGAUGGCACACGGAAAACAAGGACAAGGAAAGCUACAGUUUGGUGCCUUUAUUUCUGAGAAUGUCAAGAAGCUAGACCCGGUAACCAUCCAAAGAACCGCUGAGGAACUUCUUAUCUUAUUUUGAAAGAGAAGCUCAAGGAGAACGGGAGAACUUGGAAACCUGUGAAGACUGGACAAUGUACUUUCUUGUUGCUGGAACAAACAUAGUCACGAGAAUGAGCCAUGUCUAAAAAUAUAAUCCUUUUAAACAUCAAGCACAUCUGUAUUACACUGUAUGGUUCAGUAUGUGGUGUUUUAUCUUUCGCUCAAAUGAGCACUGUGGCAGAAAUACCGAGAAAUCAGAAGAGCCAUUACGAGCAGUUCCAUUACCUGCGCCAUUCUUCUAGUCUAUACAUGUACAUUUCUCAGUCACCUCUGUGCUAUUCAAAUAAAUAAACCCCGAAUCACGUGUGGGGUAUAAACAGAAGUAUAUAAAAAGUGGACUAUUAUAUAAGACAGCCUGUUAAACUUUAUCAGGCUGUGCAGCUGAUAAUAUUUUCAGUGACCAUGGUGGAUCGAAUUGUGUUUCAUUUACACUGCUAAGGACCAGAAGGUUGUGAAUCUAAAUAAUAAAAAAAAUCACAGUAACCCUUGACUAUGUUAUGAUUGUAUUCUGCCUUGUCUGCCUGAAGAACACACUCAGUGUAUAUUUUCCAUCUCCUGUCUAAGGAAAUUGGCAUGUUUCACUGAAUGCUAUUUUACUGUGCGGUUGCACAGAAAUUGACUAUGGCAUCUAAUAUAAAACCUGACAUCAGAAAGAAACAAGUGUAUAAAUAAAAAUCUAGUGACUGUUGCAAACAGACUGACAGGAAAAAAUGUUGUUUUCCUCUGUUUGUUUUCUUUGUUCUCCCUAAAGAUUGUAGCAUUUCAGCUAUAAAUA